ACUAUGGAGAAGAGCAACACCACCUCUGACUUCAUCCUCCUAGGACUCUUCAAGCACACAGGACUCCACCUCUUUCUCUUCACUGUGGUGCUCACAAUAGCCAUCAGCUCUCUGGUGGGCAAUGCCCUCAUGAUUCUCCUGAUUCAACAGGACCUCCGGCUCCACACGCCCAUGUACUUCCUCCUGAGCCAACUGUCCCUCAUGGACAAAAUGCUGGUCUCCACCACUGUGCCCAAAAUGGCUGCUGACUACUUGACUGGAAUCAAGUCCAUCUCCACUGCUGGCUGUGGCUUGCAGAUCUUCUUUCUUCCAACUCUGGGUGGUGGGGAGUGCUUCCUCUUAGCAGCCAUGUCCUAUGACCGCUAUAUGGCUGUAUGCCACCCUCUGUGCUACCCCAUGCUCAUGAGCUGGCCACUGUGUCUGAGGAUGACCGUGGGGUCCUGGUUCCUGGGAGCAGCUGACGGGCUGAUGCAGGCAGUUGUCGCCCUGAGCUUCCCGUUUUGCAACAGGCGAGAGAUAGACCAUUUCUUCUGUGAGGCCCCCACGCUGGUGCGCUUGGCUUGUGCUGACACGUCUGUCUUUGAGAAUAUCAUGUACAUCUGCUGUGUGUUGAUGCUCCUGGUGCCCUUCUGCCUCAUCCUGACCUCCUACAGUCUCAUCCUGGCUGCUGUCCUCCGCAUGCGCUCCACAGAAGCCCGCAAGAAGGCCUUUGCCACCUGCUCCUCACACAUGGCUGUGGUGGGGCUCUUUUAUGGAGCUGCCAUUUUUAUCUACAUGAGACCCAAAUCCUACAGGUCAGCUCACCACGAUAAGGUGGUGUCAGCCUUUUAUAGCAUCUUCACCCCUAUGCUGAACCCCGCCAUCUACAGCUUGAGGAACAGCGAGGUCAAGGGAAGCUUAAAAAUGUGGCUGGGAAAAUGUGCAAAUAUUAAACACCACCAAACUUGGUCCUGUUCAAGAUGA